AUGUAUGUGGAUGAUACGGUGGACGAGUAUAGCUGGAUAGACCCUAGUGAGGUCGGGAGUGAUCGCUUGAGGACCACAGUCCCAAGCAAAAACCUGCCUUCUCCCCCGAAUGAAGAAGCCUCGCGACAACCAGGACCAUCUCGCCACCUCUCCCCCGAAGACUCUUACAACCUACUCCUCCUUUACCAGUCCACUUCACCUGCCUUCCGCCUCUUUUCGUCUUACUCGCCCUUUGCAAGUCUCAGCCCGGGACUGCAACAACAGCUGGGGCAUGCUCCGCACUUUGACCCAGAGUUUUGGUACGAGGUGGUCGACAAGACUUUUCAUGAUUCUCUAGAUAGCAAAGAGCAGAACAGGCAAGAGUCGUGGUGGGAGAUGGUCAGGAGUGAAAAGAUGUAUGUGGAGGAUUUGGGGGUCAUCUGUGAUGUGCUCAUACACGGCCUUCGUACUGCAGACCCGCCCAUCAUUGAGCACUCCAGACUAGAGCCGUUCAUCAACGAGGUAUUCAGCACGUCCGUUCUGCUAUACCAGUCACAUCUCAAGAUCCUAUCGAGAGUGCUGGAGAGGCAACGAGAACAGUGGCCGUUGAUGAUGUCUCUCACAGACAUAUACCUGGAAAACUUUCUAGAGCUUCUGGAUCUCUACGAUGCUUAUAUGAAAAACUAUCCCUACGCCAAAGCCCGUGCUGAACGAGAGGCUGCCCGCAACCCCAAAUUCGCACUCUUUCUCACAUCCCCCUCCAUACCUCGCAAAGGCAUCAACACAUUCCUCAUGCGCCCUGCAACGCGCCUACCAAGAGUCAUCCUCAUACUCAGGGCGUUGCUUCACCGAACGCCAUUGGAUCAUCAAGAUCAAGAAGAUAUUCCUACUUUGAUUGAUAUUCUGCAUAGAGUUGUGAAGAGUAGUGAGCCAGGGAUCUCGAGUGCGGAGGAGAAGAUUGGGCUGUGGGACGUGGCAGAGAGGUUGAUGUUCAAGAAAGGCGAAAUAGUGGUUACGUCCAUCACCACUAUCCCCGAAUUCCCCUGGCUCUUGACAAUGAACGGCGGGACCAUUGUGGCGUUCAAUUUGAGGGACAUGAUGACAACUGUUGAUCCUCAGACGUGGGUCAGGCAGCGGAGGAUAGAUGGAGUCCUUUUGAGUCGCCCGGGUCAGCAUGUGGCGUGGAUGAGCGUUGGUAAAUCAAAAGGGCGGACCUUGGUUGCAUACGCCGUCUAUGCAAACACUUCGCACAAUACCGUAUUCGCGUUUGUUGAACCUUUUCAACCUCACCCUCAUCUCGGCACUGCUUCCACCAGAUUUCCAAGCCAACCUCCAUUUCGACUCUUAUCUACAUUGACCGUGCCGGGGUACGCCUCUUCCCUCACCUUCUUCCGUGCGACACUGGCAGUCAUUACCGAGAAGGAGAUCACCAUCACAGAAAUCGGCAACCCAAACUUGAACACGCUGCCAACGACUCAAGGCCUCGGUACGCUGGAAGAAGGAGCGCCGUUGCUCAAAAUCCUCAGUGGAGGCUUGCGGAGAGGUGGGGGUAGACCCCUGGGUAUGUGGCAAACGGGAGAUAACGAAUUCAUCUUGGUCUAUGACUGGGGAGCUUGCUAUGUGACUAAAUUUGGCGAGAUAUCACGAUCUGGUACUUAUCUACGUUGGAAUGGCCUACCAUCGCAGGCCGUCUUCCAAUCUCCCUAUCUCCUUCUUUUCGGCGAGUUUGGAGGUCGCGCCGAAGUGAGAGAUGUCGUGAGCGGUAGGAUGUGUGAGAUCAUUGAAGAAAGAGGGCUCAGAUUGAUGAAGAGCACGAGAGAAGGCCAGACAAUGUGUGGGUGGACUGCGACUGGUCUUGUGCAGGUUGUAGAGACUGUCACACUGUAG